GCCAUUUCGAUUUAGAAUGAGUAAUAUUUUGUAUAAUGUAAAAGGCUUGGGUAAAUGAUAUGAGUGCUGAGAUUAUUUUAGAAUGGAAAAGUACGAAGAAACAAUAGAGGUAUUGUACAAUGUAUAUUGUUCCGUACGAGGAGAGCUGAGGUAUAUGAUGCCUAGCCAGCUGUUGGAUUUAUGGAAGUGCUAUAAGUCGUCCGGUGAGUAGCGCCACAAAAUAACCUUGACACCAGGAACACGGUGGCGGGAGCACCUGCAAAAAGCACUUCGACGCUCAAGUUAGAGUAAGAAUUAUCAUAGAGUGAGAAUAAUAAACUAGAAUGAGUAGUGUAACCUGUCUUUCUUAGGUUGCUUAGGUUUGAUUUUAUAGAUGAAUGGAGUGCCAUGUGCUGCCUGAUUUGUUCCGAUAUUAGUGGCCAGGAUGAUAAGUUUCGUUGCUGUAGGUAACGGCAGAGGGAUAAUGUUUGACUCAUGUGUGUUUUUGAUUAAGUGAUUGUUUAAGUUAUGAUUAUUUGUUUCCGAGAUUUAUGGUUAGUCUGUUGUUGCUGAUGUUAAUCCCGAGCUUAGCGGGAUACAUGUCAUAGCCCCCAAGCUCGGCUGGCAUUGCAUGUAAGUGGUAGGCGCGCUUAUUAAGUUGCCUUUAUUGUAUUUUCUGGUCUUUAGACUUCAAAAUGGUCUUCAGGGGAGUUUUAAAUGAUCUUGGAAGACUUUAUUGUUUCUUUUCUUGCAAAACGUGCCCGCUUUUAAUGCUUUUAUUUGCCGUUUGGGUUUUCCACGCUUGUUUAGCGGUUGCGAGUUAUUUACCCACUAAGUUAGUGGGCUUGCAAUAAUUUUUCCUUGUUUUGGAAAUUUCAUUGCUGUUUCAAAUUCUUUCUACUAGAUGACUCUUACCAUGACUUCUAAAGGUUCAUCUUUUUCUCUGUAGUUUAUUUUUGUUUCUCUGUUUUUUCUUCUAAAAUGGCGAGAGAUAAGGAAAAAGAUAAAGUUGUGGAGGAGGAUAAAGCUAGUCUGUAUUACUGGGUUCACGAUGAUGUGAGGACUCGCUCCUCCUCGUUCGUUAGUGUUGACUCCAUAAAUGAGCUUUGUGGUUUGCAUGUUGUGAAGGAAGGUUCUGGUGCUGUUGUUGAGUUCCUUCCUUGUUCUAGUGAAGAUAGGGUUUGCGAGAGGAGGGGGAUUGGCAGUACUUCUACUUUUAUACACCCUGUCUUAUCGAGCUUCACGUUAGGUUCCCAUUUUCUGCAUUUGAGUGUGACGUUCUAACUCAUCUAAACUGUGCACCCUCACAAUUACACCCUAACUCGUGGGCGUUUUUGCGUGCUUUCCAAUGUUUAAUGGGCUUUCUUUCUGUUCCUUGUUCUCUUGUUGUGUUUUUUUCUUUGUUUCAAGCAAAAGGGGUUCGAAAGGGGUUAUGGAUAUGUUUGAGUAGUUUCCCUGGUCGUUCUCUCUUCCUUCUGUAUAAGUCUUCUUUUAAAAAUUUUAAGUCCUUGUUCGUGAAAGUGAGGUCGGUGGAGUCCGAGUACCCCUUUUAUCUUGAUGACGAGUUGAUAGAACGAUUUCCUCUAUAUUGGUGUUCGGAACCUUGUCAGAUUCUUGAGACUGUUGAACGAAGUGAGGAGGAGGAGCGAUUGAUAGACUUUUUGGUUGAGAGUUUUGCUGAGGGGGAAUGUCUGUCUAUUCCUGACCUUCUUCGCUAUCAUGAUUCUGGUGAUAUGGAGGGUUUGAAAACAUAUUUAGGUGGGCGAGUUCCUCUCCUUGAUCCGUCACAUCUUCAGACUUUUCUUAAGAAGAAGAAAGAAAAACUUACUGAUGCUUCUUUAGCCGUGAAAGAGGGGGUGGUGAUGUUGCACAAUCUGUUGCUCAAGCGGCGUCUUCUUUCAAAAGGAAGAGGGAUAAUGUUGAAAAAUCUGUGGAGGUGAUUUCGGAGGAAGUCAGGGGGUUGAUGGAGGUGGCGGGUUUGCUUUUGAUCGCCGCGUUGGCAUGGAAGCUCUUGGUAAAUUUGUUCAGAUUGUUGCCUCUCGCUUGAUGUGUGUUGGUCGUACCACCGAGCUCAUCGGUGCUGAGCAGCAGGAGGCUGUGAACAAAGUCGCCGACCAGGAGAAGUCGUAUAACAUGAGGAUUGCUGAAUUGGAAAAAGCUGCUAAGGAGAAAGAUGAUGCUGUCAUUAGUGUUGUGGCUAGGUCAAAGGAUUUGGAAGAGGAGGUGUCCCGCUUAAGAGAUCAGAUUCGUCUGUUGCAGGCUGAGGUUAAGGAACAUGAUGUGGCUAAAGGUCAACUUACUUCCCAUGUUCAUGAGUUGGAGGAAAAUGGCAUGGAGAUGUUCUCUUAUGGCUUUGAUCGAGCUGUAAGUCAGAUUGCUGUUUUGUCCCCGAAGUUUGACAGUGCUCAGCUUGAUAUGACUAAGAUAGUGGUUGGUGGAAAAUUGGUUGUAGAUGGCACUGUAGAGGAGCAUGAUGAGAACGCUCCUCCCUCUUAGUUUGUUUUGUUUAUAUUUUGGAUAUGUAUGAUUGACUCUUUACUUUUUUGGUUUCGUUGACUGAGGUUUGGUCUUUGUUU